AUGACUUCCGUUCAGAAUAUCCAAACCCCAUCCGCCAAGGGCGCAUCUGUUAACAAGAAGUACGUUUCCACAGAGAAGUCUCCAGUCAACAAUAAGCAAACCUCCAAUUCCGUCAAUACCAAAUCUAUUGCUAGUACAAUGGCACCAAUGGCAAAACCUCUUUCCUCGUUCAAUAAGAAGAGAAGUUCAACUGCCAACAAUGAUGGUGAGGGAACAGGCAACGAGUCGUUGAAUCUUAUUAAGCGUACUAAAGUUGAGGGCGAGAAGAGGACCCUACCUUCCCGUAGACCACCUUACCAUCGCCAAUCAGCCAGUUCUCGAGGAUUGACUAGGCCUGAAGAACAUGUGUUUGAUAUCCCAGGAGGCGCCAUCAUGUUCGGCAAGACUACCAAUAAAAAGGACGUUGAGGGAUUUUCAUCUGCCGUCACACCCUCCAAAAAGCUGACCCACGUCAAGAUUCCUGCUCAAGUUUUCGAAAAUAAGACUGCCAAGUUGUCAUCCGAAGCUAAAGCUUCAUCCAGUACUUCUUCUGCUUCAAUCCUUGAUGCUGAAGAAGACGAUGAAGAAGAAAUCCAAUCUCCACCUUUAAUUUCUCCAGCUCGUUUAACAUCUCUCAACGAGACCAUGCGCAAAAUUUACAAUGCCAAGUCAGAUGAUACUAACUCGCUUGUCCUAUGCAAAGAUAUAGUGGAGAUCAUGAAGAUCAAGGACUACAACUUUGCAGUGAUGAGUAAAAGAUUAGCCAAGUUGGAAAAAGAUGCAGAGGCAAAUCUGUCAGUAGCCGAAGACUCCAAGUCUGACUUUCUCGAAAAUGCUAAGGACGAUACCAGUCAUGUGAAGGCAGAGCUUCAGAAUAAGUUGGAAGAAAGCCAUGAGGUCACUAAUGAACGGAAGGUCAAGUUCGAUGAGUUGGCCGUGUAUUACAAGCGCUCUAUUACUGUCCAUGAGGAUGCUUUGAAGGGAGCCUCUACGGCUAAAAAGGAGGUUGAGCAGUCAAGAAUCGACGUCACCAAUAGUGUCGCAUACAAAGAGCUGCUAGAGAAGUUCAACGCUUCUCAAAAGAGAGCUGCCAUUGCGGAGGAAAAGGUCCUUCGUGGAGACCCUGCGGACAAUAGAAAGAUAAGUCACCUACAACGCCAAUUGAACGAACUUGAAGAAAUUUACAAGAAUAAUGUUAAAGCGUACGAAGGCUUGGGGAGCAAGUAUGACCAGAAGUGCCAGGCGCACAAUGACAAAUCCGAGGAACUUAAGAAGGAAAUCCAUAGUAGGAAGCAGAAAAUAGAAAGCGAAUUUCAAAGAGGCCGCAACAUCAUGGAGAAUCACUACCUACAAGAAAACCAGCAUCUGCGAACUGAGCUUAGGAAUUAUCAACUCGAAAACCAGCAUUUGAAAUCUGAGAUUGGAUACUACCGAGUUGAGCACCAGCAUCUGAAGUCUGAACUUGCUCAAGGAAGGCAAUGGGCCAACAGUAUCGUCAAAAGCUGCCCAUACCCUGUCGGCCGAGCUAUUGAAGCUGGAAAUGCUCGUGACCGCGCAUUCGCAAAGAGUGAAGAGCUGGUGCAAGCUCGAAAUGAGGCAGUGCGAUCAAGUUUGGGCAAAUUACAGGGAAUAGAGCAAGAAAAAGCUAGGAUCGUUGAAGAACACAACGAGUAUCUUCGGGGGAGAGCACUAGCAGCUGGCUCUGAGGAUAAUAGCGUGCCUUACAUCAAGUCGGAAUCUGCCGAGAAGGCCCGUCAUGAUGGCAUGUACAGUGCAACACCCCCCCAUCGGAGACAGACAGCCAGAGCGCAGAGUCCGGACCAAAAGUGGUAUCAAAAUGAUGAUGCCAACAAUCUGCGGGAAUACCAGCCAGUAAAUAUCAACUCCUCUCAAGGCAUUCAUCGCGUUUUUUCUUCCAUUAAGACUCCCGGAGAUUCCAGAAACAUACUCAAGUGCCCACAUAAUCGUGGGAGCCGUGGUAACAAUUGUGACCACUGUGGCGAGCAGAUAUUUUUUGAAGGCGAUAAGGAAUUUGCUUCUAAACAGGCUUCUAUCACUCCACAGAAAGAAGAUAGUUUCGACGAUCUCCCAGACUAUGCGUCAGAUGAGCCUCUAUCUCCUCCACCGGAGCAGCCAAACAGAGGCGCCCGUAGCUACACUGAGGUUGGGGUUCAACCUUAUGCAGCUAUUCCCGGUUCUCUCGUUGAGGACGACACGAAUCCAUCAUCAGAAGAAGAAUGUUCGCAUCUCAUCAGGUUUGCUGGUGCAUGCGGCGUCUGCGGUGAGGCAAUUAAAGAUGCCAGCAAGGUGUCUCGUCAAGCUGCUCCGAUCGCUAAUAACAAGGUCGUUGGCACUUCGACUCGGAGAAAACAAUCUCUAACCAAGAAAUCCACCUGCCAGCAUUUACGUCUGGACAUAUAUGGUGUGUGCGAAGGUUGUUUAAAAUGCCAGCAUCUUGAGGUGAACGACGAUAACGGAAAUUGUAAAUUCUGUUGGAAAAACAUUAAUCCUCCAGUUGCUGCUCCUGGCGUUGCAGCAUCUCCAGAUUCUUCUCCUUCUCCCCCACCUUCUAGACAGAGAAGAAAUCGCCCUGAGGUGGAUUCUGAGUCAAAGUCUGAUUCAAAAGCUGGGUCUAGACCUACCAAAAAGGUCAAGACCAUGAUCAAGAAUUCUCUUGACAGCAUGUUUCCGACAUUACCAGCUUCGCACCCAGCCAAAGCUAAUCCUUUCUUGACAUUUGCUGCCUCUUUAUCCUCCUCCAGCUCCAAAUCUUCAGCAGCUUCCUUCUUUAAGGCUGCUCAUCCCGGCUGGAAGACCCCGGCCGUUCUUUCAAGUCCGGUUUCUCCGAUACCAGCUGCGCCUACAGCCAAAGAGCUACUUUCUGCUGCUGCUACCCCUUUUAGCUUUAUACAGCCAAACUACGGUCCCCCUUUUUUGGCUCCACCAAAAAAAUGA